AUGAGCUAUGAACCAGCCAACUACAAAACCGCCAUUCCAAAAGAUCUUCCGGCUCAGCGGGGCUUUCAGGACCAUAUAAAUGGCAUCUUUAAUUCUGCAAGCCAGUGUUUACUCACCCUAGCAAGUCUCAAGCUUGCAAAGGACUCUCAGGAUACAAGGCCCGGCGUGGUUGAUAAAAGCCUUCUUAAAACAGUCCAGUCUAACCUGGAUGUGCUACGCCGCCUGCUUGCGUGUAUAGCUGCGGUUGACCACACUACAUAUAUGAUGGCACGUAUCAUGGACGUGGCAACCAUGCUCUUGCAGAUUUCCAGUGAGCCUAUGUCGGAUCAGCAAGCCCGUAAGUUCAAUGAGUGCUCGUCUACACUAGCAGACUUCCUAGACAGAUCUAUACGUUACCUGAGUGAUCUAUUCAGUAUUCAUUAA